AAGCAAAACAAAAUGCAAUAAAUUGAAUAUAACUCGCGCAAAUGUCAAGACUGUGAAUGGCACACAAACAGUUUUACGGCUUAUUUUGCGUUUGUGUUUCACGCUUGUUGUUUAAUAAAAAAGAAUUUCCAUUCUGAACUAAAGUAUAAUAACGACUAAAGUGUAUUAAAAUCCUAACAUACAAGAUGUUAGAAAAUACUUAUCCUAAUUUAGAGAAGUUGUGUAGAUUAUGCUUGAAGGUGAACGGAGCCAUUUACAGCAUACAUCCAACCAAUGAUGCCACAACAAAUAUGUCAAUUCCAAUGCGUAUUAUGGCUUGCACUUCUUUGGAAGUCCAAAGAAAUGAUGAUUUACCAAAAUACAUCUGUGCUGAAUGCCGUUAUCAAUUGGAGAAAUCCUAUUUACUACGAAAACGUUCGCAAGCAACGGACUCCAAGCUGCGAAAACAUCUGCGCUUAAUUAAUUCGGGUAGGAUCAGCCAGUGCUUCAUAAAAACCGACGAUGAUGACGAGGACGAAAUUGAAUUUGAAGAUUCAUUAAAUUUUAUAAAACAAAUUGAUCAUUUAAAAUUAAAAGCUGAAGACGAGAGAAGGGCAAAUUUAGUGGAAAAAGAUGUUGUGAAGAAAUUAUCGCAAUAUAAAAAAGAAAUAUAUGAAACAUGCAAAUCGGAAUUGCGAGACGAGGUAAAGGGUGAAGUUAAGCGGGAAAUAAUUGAUGAAGUUCUUGAUCAACUUAGAUAUGACUUGCGCAAGGAGGUAGAGAAGGAAUUACGUAAAACUCUAUUACCGGAGUGUAAAGCGUUGGUUAAAAACGAAAUUCAACAAGAAUGUAGAGAACAAGAACGUAAGGAACUGCUGGGUGAAUUAGAAGUAUUUAUUAGUAAUAAACGCUUGGGCAAAGACAAUGAACCAAAUACAAACACUGAUUUUGUACCUUAUAAAAGACUUAAUCCAAAGAGAAAUGCUAAAGAGGCAAAUGAUAUUUCGGAAAAAACUAUGGUGAAGGCACGACUUCCCAAGCGUUCAUUUAUUGAACAAAAUGCAGCAAAGUCAAACAAUAAAAUGAAAAUAUUGGAAAAGUUUAAAGUGGAGGAAUCACAUUCAAGCGAUGAUAAAGCAACGCCUUUUUUGAUUAUAACAGAGAAUGAUGACAAAAUGUCAGAUGACGAUGAUUCCGAGUCGAAUUUUUUUAUAUAUGAACCUCAUGAUAGCAACGACGAAGAAAUGUUGGGAGAUAAUGAAAAAAUGUUGGAAAAUAAUUUAGAAACUGAGAAUUUCGAGGAAGUAAAUACUGACAAUAUCAUUGAAGAAAAUUCUUAUGACGAAA